UGGACAGAAUGAACUGCGACAAGGUAAUGGACGUCGAGACGGUCGACAACAUGAAGACGGCUGGCAAGAUCACCGUGGUUCUGAUCAUCUUCGCAGCUCUGGCAGUGCUGGCUGUGCUGGCAACAGUGGUCGCCUGGAAAGUCUACAGAACACUAAAAGAGAAGGGUGUUUUUGAAGUCAAAGCUCCUACAGAAGACCUCACAAACGACGCUGGUAAUGUUGAUGACACAAUGGAACUGCUACAGAACUUGGAGACCCAUGGCGAGAAGUCGACCAAGUCGAGGAGAAAGCCAAAACGGAGGGAUGCUGCAAAGAGUGACAGGAGCAGGAAGAAAACUGAUGAGGCGUACGAGGAGGAGCAA